AUAACCAGGUGGCGGGUGGAGCUUUGCUGUCGUGCGUCAGCGGCAGCCUCAUAAACCUUUAGCAGCUCGAUCUCCUCCCUCUGGUCUCUGCUUCUCCUUGCUUCCGAGCAAGCCGUCCUGUAUCCAUCAUCUUCAUCUUGCUAGCUGCUUCCGAGUUCAGUCCAAUGGCAUUCAUGGCGGCUGCAGCUGCUGUUCCUUCCUCCUCCUCCGCCUCAACCAUCUUGCCGAGCCGACCCCAAACAAGUCCCUUCCAAUUCCAUGAGCACGCCGCCGCACGCCGCUCAUCGCCGGCGCUGCAACGCCGCCGCCUGAGGUCGAGGUCGCGCCGCAACCAGCUGGUCUGCUGCUCCCUCGACGCCACCAAGCAGGUUGUGCAGGAGGAGCGGCCGGCGGCGGUGAAGGACGCGGCGGGGCGCACGGACUGCUUCGGGGUGUUCUGCACCACCUACGAUCUCAGGGCGGACGAGGAGACAAAAACCUGGAAGAAAGUAGUAAACAUUGCUGUGUCAGGUGCAGCCGGAACGAUAUCCAACCAUCUCCUCUUCAAACUUGCGUCCGGCGAGGUGUUCGGGCAAGAUCAACCAAUAGCGCUCAAGUUACUGGGCUCCCAAAAAUCGUUCCAAGCGUUGGAAGGCGUAGCAAUGGAACUGGAGGAUUCCCUGUAUCCCCUCCUGAGGGAAGUCAGCAUCGGCAUAGAUCCUUACGAGGUUUUCCAGGAUGUCGAAUGGGCUCUUCUGAUCGGCGCCAAGCCCCGAGGCCCGGGAAUGGAGCGAGCUGACUUGCUCAAUCUCAAUGGCCAGAUUUUUGCGGAACAGGGGAAGGCGCUUAAUGCUGUAGCAUCUAAGAAUGUGAAAGUUCUUGUGGUUGGCAACCCAUGCAACACCAAUGCCUUGAUUUGCUUGAAGAACGCCCCUGACAUACCCCCGAAGAAUUUCCAUGCUCUGACAAGGUUGGAUGAGAACAGAGCCAAGUGCCAGCUCGCGCUGAAAGCUGGUGUGUUCUACGACAAGAUAUCAAACAUGACCAUCUGGGGGAACCAUUCAACCACUCAGGUUCCAGAUUUCUUAAACGCAAGAAUUGACGGCAAGCCAGCGAAACAAGUUAUUGGGGACACCAAAUGGUUAGAAGAAGAAUUCACCAAAAUAAUUCAGAAGCGUGGAGGUGUGCUCAUCCAGAAAUGGGGAAGAUCUUCGGCUGCAUCUACUGCCGUCUCUAUAGUCGAUGCCAUGCGGUCACUCGUAACCCCAACCCCAGAAGGCGAUUGGUUCUCUUCAGGGGUAUACACGAACGGAAAUCCUUACGGCAUAGCAGAGGACAUCGUGUUCAGCAUGCCAUGUAGAUCAAAGGGCGAUGGCGACUACGAACUAGCUACGGAUGUCAUGAUUGACGAUUUUCUCUGGGAACGGAUAAAAAAGAGUGAAGGCGAACUGCUUGCUGAAAAGGGAUGUGUUGGACAUCUUAUAGGACAGGAUGACGAAUUGUGUGAAGUUACAGAGGAUACGAUGCUUCCAGGAGACAAGUAGAAAGGGAAAUGUCACAUUACAUCAGGGGCAUUACAUAACACUCAAAUUACACGGAUUGAUGUAGGUGAAGGAAAGGGAAAGUUAGUUAUAGAAGAAGGCAAACGAUGUUCCUACCUUUUUUUUUAGAAACACAGAAAUGCUGUUACUUAUACUAUAUGUACCUAUAUUGUUUUAUAUUUAUCGCAAGAUACCUAUAGGGUGAUAAAAGGCCCUCUAAUUUAGCCUAGAAAAUUUAAGGAACGGGCUCAAUAAGAGCUGGACUGAAAUACUAUAUGAUUUUGAGCUAAAUAAAUAUAGGGGCUGAGUUGGAUUGUGAAGGA